AUGGCUGUUCCGGUGGCAGAAUUUUUUUUUGUCGCAGAUGGUGAAUUUGUCGUUGGGAUGGAAUUCAGUUUCAGAAAAGCUGUUAUAAAGGUGAUAAAAGAGUAUACCAUACGAAGAAGCGUAGACUACCGGGUGUAUGAGUCUGAGCCGUUGACAUUUUAUGCGAAGUGUACACAGUAUGGAUCAGGGUGUGAUUGGCUUAUCCAGGUUAGCAUGAUCAGCCGGAAGUACUGUUGGGUUAUAAGGAGGUAUAAUGGCAGUCACACAUGUACCAGAGCCAUAAUUUCUCAGGAUCAUUCGAAGCUGGAUUCAACCACAAUUGCAGAAGCAAUUAAGCCGUUGGUUGAGGCUGACCCCGCCUUAAAGGUAAAAUCGGUUAUAGCAGAGGUGCAAUUGAAGUUUAACUACACCGUUAGUUAUCGGAAAGCAUGGUUGGCUAAGCAAAAGGCAGUAGAAAAAAUAUUUGGAGGCUGGGAAGCAUCAUACGAAGCCUUGCCUAUAUGGUUUGAGGCCAUGUGUCAUAAGGAGUCAUCAGCUGUUGUUCAUUUUGAGACUAUGUCUGCAUAUCAGGGCGAUGACUUGGUGACUGAUAUUCGGGUGGAUGGGACUCACUUGUACGGAAAGUACAAGGGUUGUCUACUAUUGGCAAUGUCACAGGAUGGCAACAACAAUAUCGUCCCAAUUGAGUUUGCUAUUGUGGAGGAAGAGACUUCUGAUGCGUGGCACUUUUUUCUUAGUAACCUUCGUCAGCAUAUUGUCACUCGGGAUUGUGUGAGACUGAUAUCUGACCGUCACGAAUCCAUAAAUGCAGCUGUGGAAAUGAGUAACGGGACUUGGUCACCUCCUAGAGCAUUUCAUAUGUUUUGCAUCAGGCAUAUAGAGUCGAAUUUUCUGAGAAAAUUCAAGGCGUCGUACUUGCAGAAACUGGUCGUCAAUAUAGGUAAUGCUCAGUAA